AUGUUCAAGAUGGGCAUGCAGUAUUUGCGGAACAACAGUGAGGAUCCGGCAUUUGCAAUGCUUGGAAAAGCACUCAGCUACCAAUCUACUCAUUUCAACAGAGCAAUUCUCAGCACCGGUUCAAUUCAUGCAGCACAUGGAAGAUCACGAUGUGCGCGACUCAACAAGUACAGGGUUGCGGUGGAUGCAUGUGAUUAUAAUGGCUGCCUUUGGAACAACAUCGGUGUCUGCUUAAUGGCUAAAGGACGGCUUGCUCAAGCUCACAGCUGUCUCAAGAAGGCUUCUUUCAUAUGUCCACUAGAUUACAAGAUCAACUACAAUCUCGGCCUUGUUCACCAAGCAAUGGGGUUGCACUGCUCAGCCUUGCAUUUCCUCAAAGCAGCCGCUGAGCUGGAGCGAGACAAUGCUCAGAUCAUCGGAGCGAUGGCAGUUGUAUUGUCGAAUAUGAACGAUGUUAACAACGCUCGACGUGCAUACGAAAAGUCUAUAUCGAUGGAUCCAAAGGCUCAGGUGAUAUUGAAUUACGCCAUUUUCGAGUAUCGUCAAAAGAAUCGAGACGUUGCCAGGGAUGCUCUCACCCAUUUCAAGACGAUCUCUAGUUCAGGUGGCUGUCGCAAGGACCUACUCGCCAUAGCCGACCAAUUGGACGAUGCAUUGCUUUCUUUGCCGCAUGGUGAUGAGCAGCAGCCCGCUUGA